UGUGUUAGUUUGUCGCAAUAAGUGUGAAUCAUCAAUGCUAUAAACGAAUAGCAUAUAAGUAGACCAGAGAUAAAAAAGCCACACAUAUAACAUUUUUGCAAAGAGCGCUGAUGUAAACGUGACACGAUAUGAACCUCAGUACCUGAAAAACUGUUGAAUUUGUGACCCUCAUUUUGUGAAGGAAAAAUCUACAUGAGUUGAUACAUUCCCAGGAACUUUCAAGGAAGUGAAAAUUCCUUCGAUAAAGCUCCCUUCCACGGCUCCAUUGACACCUCCCAAAAGAAGCGGUUUGGUGUAUAUAUAUAUUAUCAUCGUACUGGGAACAAUGCGCGGCGUUGGAGCAAUAAGUAAUAUGGUGAUGGUUGUGAGUUUGGUCACACUUUUGGUAGGAAUAUUAUGGGUGUUGGAACUGUACGUCCUCCCUUGGUGAAUAAUAAGGUCUCAGAGAAAACGUUAAAGAUUGCAGGGGUAACUGUGACUAUUCGGCAAAACCCUAUAAGCAAUUAUAUUUUCAUCAACAGGACAUUAUCGCCAGAACUCUUUAAUCAACAGAUUAUAUUAUUUUGAAAAUCGAUCAUGAAAGUUCCUAAUAACGAUUUGCUGAACCUAAUAAGUGUUUUGGUGGUGAUUCUGGCUAUUUUAUAUGCCCUGGAGUCCUUGAUUUUGCCAUGGUGAGACGCGCGAGUGGGAACGUCGUAGGAAGAAACGAUGGCCAGUAUAUUUCCGACGAGUAAAGCCAACAGAGAGGGAAAAAUGGAAGCUGGCGGAACCACACACGUGAAACAGCGUGAACACCAGGCGCGGACUGCCACUUAUACAGGAUACAAUCUGCGCGGGAUGCCCAUCGAGCAGCUGAGGAGG